AUGUCGUUCUGCAUUGAGAAGCAGCCGGCGCGGAACUCCUCCUUCCCCACCCCUGGAGAGUCCUAUCUUAUUCUUGCUUCGAGCGCCUCUCUGCGCAAGCACCUUACAGACAGCUACUGGUGUGAGGCGAUGGAGCAGGUGUGCGCCGGCAAGCUCGAGGGCAUCGCGGUUCGUUACACUGGCGAGAAUCUUGUAAUGGUUCAGUUCCGUCCCACCAACCUCUCCCCUGCUGGGUAUCGCUAUCCCCUCUUCAUGUCCAUCCCUAUCGAGUUUUUGGUACCGGUGGCGGAGAGCGCCUUCACUAUUCCAGCAACAGCAGAUCUGCAGGGCAGCUUCGGCACGGCGACAACGAGCAGCUUUCACUCCCAGUCGAGCAGCGAGGACCGCUCCCCAACACAUGGGUCAACGCUGCCGAGGUUGUGUGUUGUGUGCGGUCGCUUCAACGUUCCUGGCAUGACUCACCGCGCCCACGGGUGGAAAUGUAAGGAAUGCAAGGGAACGAAAUCCGAUAAUCGUCUGCGGAAGGAGGCGCAGAAGCUGCGUAAACGCAUGAGGACACACUCAUAG